AUGUCGUCUGCCCUCCAAGGGAGAGACCAGCGCCCAAAGAGUCCGGGGCUGCUGCCUGCCGUCGGGGCUGGGGGCUCUGCCCGGCUCCUGCCCGGGCCUGGCGCGCAGGGGAGCUCCGGCGCGGACCCCGGCGGCAGAUUUACCCUGGGCACCUUCCUACCAAAGGCUCAGCCAGGUGGUGCAGAACUCUUGUUUGACGGUGUUAAAAAACAUCAGGUGACCUUGCCCUGUCAACCAGAGCCUUGGGACAUCAGAAACCUGCUCCAGUGGAUCAAACAGAAUUUGCUGAAAGAACGACAGGAAUUAUUUAUGCAAGGGGAAUCUGUGAGGCCAGGGAUUUUGGUGCUCAUCAACGACGCAGACUGGGAACUAAUGGGCGAGCUGGAUUAUAAACUCCAGGACCAGGAUAACGUGCUUUUCAUCUCGACAUUGCAUGGUGGGUGAACUCCUGGAAAAACAAGAGGACUUAAAUCCAGACCCUUGGGCACGAAAACCAGCAAGCCAAAACCUAAACCUACUCAAAUCUCCCUUGGCCUGUCUGUGCCCAGGCUCUGCGUCUUCCCUGUGAGUUCACUCAUUACUAAACAUCCAAAUAAAACCCUGCCAGCAUGCA